GGUGCAAGGUGUCCAGACUAGUCCACAAGUUUUAAGGAAGGAGUUCAGUUUCAGGAGAAUAGUUUGGAUCGAUUUCAAAUUGUUUUGGUACAAUGAAAAGUGAGUCCACGGCAAUUUGACAACUUAAUUCUUUAGGGAAGGAACGCAAGUUACGUUCGCUUCAAGGAAUAUUGGGUCCUCGGUGCUGCCGUAGAUCUCCGCCAAGUGCGCCUGCGCGGAAGAGUAGCGGCGUCGGGUCAGGCAGGCAGUGGAGGAAACUGCGGUAGCGACCCUCAAACCGCGCCAUGAAGACCCGCUUUAGCACCAUCGAUCUGCGCGCCGUGCUCGCAGAGCUGAAUGCUAGCUUGCUAGGAAUGAGAGUAAACAAUGUUUAUGAUGUGGAUAAUAAGACGUAUCUUAUUCGUCUUCAAAAACCAGAUUUUAAAGCUACCCUUUUACUUGAAUCUGGCAUACGAAUUCAUACUACAGAAUUUGAGUGGCCUAAGAAUAUGAUGCCAUCUAGUUUUGCCAUGAAGUGCCGAAAACAUUUGAAGAGUCGGAGAUUAGUCAGUGCAAAACAGCUUGGUGUGGAUAGAAUUGUAGAUUUUCAAUUUGGAAGUGAUGAAGCCGCUUAUCAUUUAAUCAUUGAGCUCUAUGAUAGGGGGAACAUUGUUCUUACAGAUUAUGAGUACCUAAUUUUAAAUAUCCUAAGGUUUCGAACUGAUGAGGCAGAUGAUGUUAAAUUUGCUGUUCGUGAACACUAUCCAAUUGAUCAUGCUAGAACAGCUGAACCUCUGCUUACUUUGGAAAGAUUGACUGAAAUAAUAGCCAAUGCAUCUAAGGGCGAACUGCUGAAGAGAGUUCUUAACCCAUUACUUCCCUAUGGACCAGCUCUCAUUGAACACUGCCUUAUAGAAAAUGGAUUCUCUGGUAAUGUCAAAGUGGAUGAAAAACUUGAAAGUAAAGAUAUUGAAAAAGUACUUGUUUGUCUGCAGAAAGCAGAAGACUAUAUGAAAACAACAUCCAACUUCAGUGGGAAGGGAUACAUCAUUCAGAAAAGAGAAGUAAAACCAAGCCUGGAAAUAGAUAAACCAGUUGAAGACAUACUCACGUAUGAGGAAUUUCAUCCUUUCUUGUUUUCUCAACAUUCACAAUGUCCAUAUAUAGAGUUUGAAUCAUUUGACAAGGCCGUGGAUGAAUUUUAUUCCAAGAUAGAAGGACAGAAAAUUGAUUUAAAAGCUUUACAACAGGAAAAACAAGCAUUGAAGAAAUUAGAUAAUGUCCGAAAGGAUCAUGAAAACAGAUUAGAAGCUCUUCAACAGGCUCAGGAAAUAGACAAAUUGAAAGGAGAACUCAUAGAAAUGAACCUACAAAUAGUUGACAGAGCCAUUCAGGUAGUUCGAAGUGCUUUAGCCAACCAGAUAGACUGGACAGAAAUUGGGUUAAUUGUGAAAGAAGCCCAAGCCCAAGGAGACCCUGUUGCAAGCGCAAUCAAAGAAUUAAAACUACAAACGAAUCAUGUUACGAUGAUGCUAAGAAAUCCAUACUUGUUAUCAGAGGAGGAAGAUGACGAUGUUGAUGGUGGCGUCAAUGUUGAGAAAAACGAAACCGAACCAUCAAAAGGGAAAAAGAAAAAGCAAAAGAAUAAACAGCUGCAGAAGCCUCAGAAAAAUAAACCGUUACUUGUUGAUGUUGAUCUCAGCUUGUCAGCAUAUGCCAAUGCUAAAAAGUAUUAUGAUCACAAGAGAUAUGCUGCCAAGAAAACACAAAAGACUGUUGAAGCUGCUGAGAAGGCAUUUAAAUCAGCAGAAAAGAAAACAAAGCAAACAUUAAAAGAAGUUCAAACUGUUACCUCUAUUCAAAAAGCAAGAAAAGUAUAUUGGUUUGAGAAAUUUCUGUGGUUCAUUAGUUCAGAGAACUAUCUAAUUAUAGGUGGACGAGAUCAGCAACAGAAUGAAAUAAUUGUGAAGAGAUAUUUGACACCAGGAGAUAUCUAUGUACAUGCUGAUCUUCAUGGAGCUACUAGCUGUGUAAUUAAGAAUCCAACAGGUGAACCCAUCCCUCCCCGGACCUUGACUGAAGCUGGCACAAUGGCACUUUGUUACAGUGCUGCUUGGGAUGCACGAGUAAUCACUAGUGCUUGGUGGGUGUACCAUCAUCAGGUGUCUAAAACAGCACCAACUGGAGAAUAUUUGACAACAGGAAGCUUCAUGAUAAGAGGAAAAAAGAAUUUUCUUCCUCCCUCAUAUCUAAUGAUGGGGUUUAGCUUCCUCUUUAAGGUAGAUGAGUCUUGUGUUUGGAGACAUCGGGGUGAACGAAAAGUCAGAGUGCAGGAUGAAGACAUGGAGACACUGGCAAGUUGCACAAGUGAACUCAUAUCAGAAGAAAUGGAACAACUAGACGGAGGUGACACUAGCAGUGACGAAGAUAAAGAGGAAUUACAUGAAACUCCUGUAGAAGUGGAACUCGUGACCCAGGUCCAAGAGGAUAUUACUGUUCAGAGUGGUGGCGAGGAACUAAUUCAGGAAGAAAGCUCUGAAGAUGAAGGAGUAUCUGAAGAGGUUAUGAAAGAUCAGGAUCCUGUUGGUGAAAUGAAGGAUGAAGGGGAAGAGACAUUAAAUUAUCCUGAUACUACCAUUGAUUUGUCCCACCUUCAAUCCCAAAGGUCCCUCCAGAAAUUGGCUUCAAAAGAGGAAUCUUCUAAUUCAAGUGACAGUAAAUCACAGAGUCGGAGACAUUUGUCAGCCAAGGAAAGAAGGGAAAUGAAGAAGAAAAAACUUCCAAGUGACUCAGGGGAUUUAGAAGUGAUAGAGGGAAAAGACAAAGACAAAGAAAGUACUGUACACAUUGAAACCCAUCAGAACACAAGCAAAAAUGUUCCAGCUGUGCAGCCAAUGAAGCGAGGACAAAAGAGUAAAAUGAAAAAAAUGAAGGAAAAAUACAAAGACCAGGAUGAAGAAGAGCGUGAACUUAUCAUGAAAUUGCUGGGGUCUGCAGGUUCAAACAAAGAAGAAAAAGGAAAGAAGGGGAAGAAAGGAAAAACAAAGGAUGAACCUGUGAAGAAACAGCCCCAGAAACCCAGAGGUGGGCAAAGGGUUUCUGACAGCAUUAAGAAAGAAACUCCAUCUCUUGAGGUUAUAACCCAUGAAUUACAAGAUUUAGCUGUAGAUGAUACACAUGAUGACAAGGAAGAACAAGAUCUGGAUCAACAGGGAAAUGAGGAAAAUCUGUUUGAUUCUUUGACAGGACAGCCACAUGCUGAAGAUAUACUACUGUUUGCUAUUCCAAUAUGUGCUCCUUACACCACCAUGACAAACUAUAAAUACAAAGUGAAACUUACUCCUGGAGUUCAGAAAAAGGGAAAAGCUGCAAAAACGGCCUUGAAUAGUUUCAUGCAUUUCAAAGAAGCAACAGCAAGAGAAAAAGACUUAUUCCGCAGCGUAAAGGUAACGUUUUCCUUCAGAAAAGGAAAGUGGAGAUUAGUUGUACAAUUAAAAAUGUUAGCAGUUAUUUUCUAUUGUUUUGGUAAAAAAUGCUGUCUUACUGAAAGCAGUAAAAGUAUUUCAGCUAAAAAUCUUGGAAAUGCCUUUCUUUUGACAGCAGAGGAUACAUAAUUGUCAUAAACAUGAUUGACCAUAUAGAAUGUGAAGAUAUUCAGCAAUUUUCUUUUUUUAGGACACAGAUUUAUCAAGAAACAUUCCUGGCAAAGUGAAAGUGUCUGCACCCAAUCUUCUGAAUGUAAAAAGGAAAUA